GUUCUUGGUAAACUAUCGUUGAAGCGAUAUUUCGUCUGCAUAUGCGGUAACCUCAGCUGCAAAGUAAAACAUAAAUAAGUAAAUAGCUUUAUUAAAACCGAAAAAGUUAAGCAUGCCUCUGUCUCCGGCUAGUGGUAUCGGGCGAUUCUACGCAAAAUCAGCCAAGAUCAUUCGCUUCGUGCGCCUGGGUUGCACCAAUCGUCCGUUUUACCACAUUGUCGUCAUGGAGAGGAGAAAAAACCAGCACCAACCCGUGAUCGAACAGGUAGGUUCCUACGAUCCACUGCCCAACGAUUACAACGAGCGCCUGGUGGCCCUGAACACGGAGAGGAUCCGUCAUUGGCUUGGCAAAGGUGCCCACCUGUCCACACCUGCGGCGGAGCUACUAGGAAUCGCAGGACUGCUGCCCAUCCACCCACGCACCUAUAUGUCCGCCUGGCGCAACCGAAGAGCAGCCGCCGAAGAGGAAGCCAGCGCCGAAAAGGCGACAUCAAACGCUUGAAGAUGGGACCUUUCGGUCGUUAAUAAAAAUCACUGUGUUCGUUUUA